UCCACAGGCCACCGAAGGUUGGUUAACGGGUGACCCGCAAUAUCUCAGUUUGGUUACCCACCCACUCGCGGGCAGGGACACGGAAAUAUUCUUUGAUUUAAAGCAAAUAUUUCGACCAAUUUGA